AUGUCUGUUCAUAUCUAUCUCCAAGUGGGAGAGGCCGUUUUGAAGGGCUCCCCGGCGCAGGAAGGCAGCGGGGAGGAAAAGGGCCGGAGAUCCCCCCGCAGGAGGGGCUCCAAAGCCAUCCCAGGGUGCUCUGAGGAGGAAAGAGCCAGCCUGUGCCGGGAAGGUGGCCGGAGCUUGAGGGGGAGCUCUGACCUGGUGGUCCCUGAGCAGCCUCCCAGCAGGGAGAAACCCUUCAGGUGCUUGGAAUGUGGGAAGAGCUUCAGGAAGAGUACCCACCUCCUCACCCACCAGCACAUCCACACUGGGGAACGUCCCUACAUGUGUGGUGAAUGUGGGAAGAGCUUCAGGCAGAGGUCCAACCUCCACACCCACCAGCGCAUCCACACUGGGGAACGGCCCUACACAUGUAGGGAAUGUGGGAAGAGCUUCAACCAGAGCUCCAACCUCCGCACCCACCAGGGCAUCCACACUGGGGAACGGCCCUACCCAUGUAUGGAAUGUGGGAAGAGCUUCAGGGACAGCUCCCACCUGAUCCAACACCAGCACAUCCACACCGGGGAACGGCACUACACCUGUAGGGAAUGUGGGAAGAGCUUCAGCCAGAGAUCCACCCUCCUCCAACACCGUGGUGUGCACACUGGGGAACGGCCCUACACGUGUUGGGAAUGUGGGAAGAGCUUCAGUUACAGCUCCACCCUCCACAUCCACCGACGCAUCCACACUGGGGAACAACCUUACAAGUGCAUGGAAUGUGGGAAGAGGUUUCACACCAGCUCACAUCUCCUCCUGCAUGAGCGGACGCACAGGGAUGAGAGGCCCUUCCGCUGCACCGACUGUGGGAAGGGUUUCAACCGCAACUCCAACCUCAUCACCCACCGGCGCAUCCACACCGGAGAGAGGCCCUACAAGUGUGGGGAGUGUGGGAAGAGCUUCGCCCACAGCUCUGCCCUAAUCAGUCACCAGCACCUCCACACUGGGGAACGGCCUUACAAAUGCUUGGAAUGUGGGAAGAGCUUCACUCAGAGCUUUAAGUUGACCAAACACCAACGGACCCACCAGUAAGGGAAGCCCUGUGAGUGCCCCGACUGCGGGAAGAGCUUCGGCCGUAGGACUGACACACAAAAAAGGUUUCAAAAGGUCUUCAUGAUUUUGAGUAUCUGCACUGCAACAUCAA